CAGCCAGCGCAGUCUUCAUGACUCUGCCAGACUGCACGUCCAUUCGCGUUCGGUGACCUAGCCGCCGCGGACAUCUUUCAAGAACAUCCAAGGGCUUGGUGCGCGACUCUCAAGCGUCCAGUCUCGCGCAGAGGGGUGCCUGGACACCUUCCCUUAUCCUCCGAACACCCACCUCAUUAAGGCUGCAUCAUGUCAGACUCACACAACGGUCCGAUAGCUCCGUCUGGCGCCACGGAUGCCGUUCUGAAGCGUUCGGACCCUGUGCCUGAUGGCGCGCGUCAGGUUGAGGGCAUUGACUUCGACAAAUAUGGCGAUCGGCCUAUCACCGUCGAGGAGCUGGUGUCGGGCAUGUCCAGCAUGGGGUUCCAGGCAACGUCCGUGGGCGAGGCCGUGCGGAUCAUAAACGACAUGCGAGCUUGGCGCGACCCUGAGACGGCCGACAAGACUACCAUCUUCCUGGGCUAUACCUCCAAUCUAAUAUCAUCCGGCCUAAGGGAAACUCUCCGCUACCUCGUACAGCACAAGCACGUCUCCGCCGUUGUGACGACGGCCGGCGGUGUCGAGGAAGACUUUAUCAAAUGCCUUGCCCCCACCUACCUAGGCUCCUUCUCUACCCCAGGCGCGGGCUUGCGUGAGAAAGGGAUGAACCGCAUUGGCAACCUCGUCGUUCCGAACAGUAACUAUUGCGCGUUUGAAGACUGGGUGGUUCCAAUUCUCGACAAGAUGCUGGAAGAGCAGGAAGCAAGCAAGAAGACUGACGAACCCAUCCAUUGGACACCCAGCAAAGUGACCCAUCGCCUAGGAAAAGAAAUCAACGACAAGCGCUCCGUGUACUACUGGGCGUGGAAGAACGACAUCCCAGUGUUCUGUCCUGCACUAACUGACGGCAGCUUGGGCGAUAUGCUAUACUUCCACACCUUCAAGUCCUCGCCGGAGCAACUGCGGAUAGACAUUGUCGAGGAUAUUCGCAAGAUCAACACUAUUGCGGUUCGUGCGAAGCGGGCGGGCAUGGUGAUUCUAGGAGGUGGAAUUGUGAAGCAUCACAUUGCGAAUGCGUGCCUGAUGCGGAACGGGGCGGAGAGUGCCGUGUACAUCAACACGGCGCAGGAGUUUGAUGGGAGUGAUGCGGGGGCGAGGCCGGAUGAGGCUGUCAGUUGGGGGAAGAUCCGAGCGGAUGGGGAUAGUGUGAAGGUCUAUGCGGAGGCGACUGUGGUGUUUCCGAUGAUCGUGGCAGCAACGUUUGCGAAACCGACUGCAAAAUAAUGGAUGGAAUCGAAAUAAUACAUGCAUGACUAAACGAGACCCUUCUCUUAGAAAAAUAGACAUAGAAGCUGAGAAAGGCUUAUGAUUAC